ACUCCAAUGAGAUACCAAUCUUACUUUGUGAGCUUGUGUCAGCUGGAAGUGCCAAUUGAAUCCGAUGCUUUCCCCAUUUCUUUAAUUUUAUACGGGUCAUGUCUCGAAUUCAUGGUCUAUUAUAUUAUAUUCACUUUUUUUCUUUUCCUACCUGCGACAACUUGUGUUUUAAACUCAUCAUUGUUCUUCUGUCCUAUGAGGUGAAAACUGUUCUAUAAAUAAAACACAGCCUCUUCCAUAUUUUUGUGUGCUCAUUUUUUGUCUCCUCCAUAUUUCAGUUUACAACUUCUCUUCACAAACUUUUAACAUUUCCCCAACAAAGAAACGCCAUGGCUAACCCACCCCCGGUUCGUCCAUGGUUCCGCUUAACCUCCAUUCGCCCCGCACCUGCACCCACACCCACACCUGCACCUGCACCUGAACCACGCCCUACUAUGUCUCUACCCACAUUUAGGACUGCUUCAGCACCCCCAUCACCUCAUAAUCAAACUCAACCUCAAGAAAAGAAAACAGAACAAACACUUUCAUCUCCACCUCAUAGGGGCUUGUUUCCCAAUUCUUCUUCAUCUUCUUCGAUGCCAUCUUCUCCUAUUCAAAAGACAACACAAUAUUCAAGUAGUUCUUCCCCAGAGAAAACUACAGCCAACACUUCUCGUGUUCCAAUUCCCACUCAAUCUCCAAAAACUAUUAAACAAAACGUUCGUAGCCCAAUGCAUUCGCCAAAUGCCAGAUCCACUAAUUCACCACCAUCUCCUUUGACACUCCCACCUUCGCAAUUCAAAACUCGUGAAGAACAUUCUAAUAAGAUACCAGUGGAGGCAGAGCCAAAAGCAGUGCUAGUUCAGAAAACUGUUGACGUGCCUAAGCCGUGGCACAAUGAUAAAGGUGAAUUGCAUAGGGAGAAUCAAAAUCACAGCAAUGGUGAAUUCCAUAGGCAGACUCAAAAUCACAGCAAUUCUUCCCAUCAUGGAAAACACAUUACUGUGAAAGGAAGAGAAUCCAGCAAGGAGAAAAAGUUUUCAGAUUCUGAGGACUCUGGCAUGAGAGUGAUAACAAUUGCAGGGGAAAACAGAGGAGCCUAUAUGGAACUAGUUCAAUCCCAAAAGAAACACCAACCCAAUUAUCUUCACAAGAAGGGGAACACAAUCAAAGUUGACGGUGGUGAAUCUGAGAGUUCAAGUGCUGAUGAAGGAAAAAUAAACAAGAAAGAUAAGAAUAACAAAGGAAGAACAAAAUCUUCAAUUCCAAUGGCUGCAUACAUGAACAGCAAUGUACAGUGUGUCAAUAACUCUCUACUGUAUCAUGCUUCUUGCUCCCAUCAUGAUCCAGGAGUGCGUCUUUCUCUCUCAAAGAAGCCAUUUGGUGAAGGCUACCAUGUGAAGGAAAAUGUUGAUGGUUGCAAUAUUUGAUUCGAAGAUAGUGUUUGAAUUGAUUGUAGUUGGUUCUUUCUGUUUGUUUCUGGCUUAUAAAGGUAUAUGGGGAAUAAAGGUUGAAGAUUCUCUCCACUUCAUUAGUGGAAAAUAAAUGUAUGGACGCAUGCAUGCAUGCAUGCAUGCAUAUGGAUGCAUGACUUUAACUCCAACCAGGUGCUACCUUAGUGUUUUCUAUGAAAGAUAGAUAGAGAUCAUGAAUCUUGUGUCUAUUAAGAAUGGGAUGAUGGUUUGUGAUAUAUGGUUCAUACUCCUUAUUUGUUUAUUGAAAUAGCGAUGUUUUGAAAUAAAUUUGUAACUCCGAUAAUGUUGUUUAUGUUUGUUCUGAUUGAAAAUUGUGUUUUGUUCAAGUUGAUGUAAUUAUUCAAAUACUAUGAGACUAAAGCCUUUAUUCCUUA